AUGGUUUUUCUAUUGACAGCAUUGAAGAUGUUUUAUGUACUUGAUCCAAAUUUGGAACCAAUUCCAAAACCAACUCUUGAAGAUUCUGAUGCUAUUGAGGCAAUAAGAAGCAAAAGUGAAGAAGAUGAAUUAGUCUGUCGAGGUUAUAUUUUGAAUUCAUUAUCUAACCGUCUAUAUGACCUAUACAGAAAUAUGAAAACACCAAAAGAGAUAUGGACUGCUCUUGAACACAAAUACAUGAACGAAAAGAAAGGUAUGGAUAAGUUUUUGGCUUUGAAAUACUUUGAAUUUUCAAUAACUGAUGAUAAACCAAUCAUGGACCAAGUGCACGAGUUGCAAAUUCUGGUUUCUAAGUUAAGUGAGCUAGAAAUUAAGGUUCCUGAUUCACUUCAAGUUGGAGCUAUUUUAUCAAAACUUCCUCAUUCUUGGAAUGGAUAUAGGAAAAAAGUUAUGCAUUCAACAGAUACUUUCACUAUUGAAGAAUUUCAGACUCACAUACAGAUUGAAGCAGAAAAUCAUGCAAGAGAUGCACUCUUCCUUAGAGGUUACAAUGUGAAUUAUAAAGGACAUUUGAUUAAAGAUUGCAAAUUUAAAAAUGCUGGAAUUAAAAUUGGUUCUAGUUCUGAAAAUAAGACAAAUCUGGUUGAGCAAGAAAUUAAUGAACUUAUUGCAAUAGUGAUUGACAUGCAAAUUGGAAUGAUCAUCGAAGUUUAUAUGGUUACUGCAAAUAAGUCAUCUGAUUGGUGGCUAGAUUAUAGUGCAACAAUUCAUGUUUGCAACAACAAAAAGCAGUUCAAGACUUGUGAAGAAUGCAAAAGACUAAGAAACAUCCUUAUGGGAAAUCAUGUUCCUGUUAAAGUGAUAGGAAAAGGAACGGUUGAAUUGAAAUUCACCUUAGGACAGAAACUAACUUUACUUAAUGUUUUUCAUGUUCCUGAGAUUAGAAAGAACCUUGUAUCUACAAAUUUAUUAUGUAAGAAAGGCGUUAAGAUUGUACGAGAGUCUGAUAAAGUUAUAGUCUCCAAAAAUGGUGUAUUCAUUGGAAAAUGA